AUGGUUUUAAGUAAACACAUUGACGCUUAUGAUUUAGAAUAUCAGCUUUUAAAAGACUCACGCAAGGUCAAAUUGAGUCCUGAUGAGUUCAAUGAUGAGUACAAUUCAUCAAAAUUGGCUCCAAGAUACACAGUUCCCCAUAAAUCAGCCAAUGAAGGCGAUAUAUACAAGUACUUGAAUCAAGAAUUAUCGUUGGAUGGGAUUCCCACGUUGAAUUUGGCUUCUUUUGUCAAUACUUAUAUCGAUGAUCAUCAAAGAAAAUUGGCCGUCGAGAAUAUAACCAAGAACUUGGCUGACAAUGAUGAGUAUCCUUCUUUGAUUGAUAUUCAAAACAGAUGUGUUACUAUGUUGAGUAAUUUAUGGCAUGCGCCUCACAAGACUGAUUCUAAAACUGGAGCCAAGAUUGUCAAUUCUUUGGGAACGGCAACUACUGGAUCAUCUGAAGCUAUUAUGUUGGCAGGAUUGGCAUUGAAGAAGAGAUGGCAAGAAAAGAGAAAGGCUCAAGGUAAAUCGACAGAAAACCCAAAUAUCUUGAUGGCCACUUGCGCUCAAGUUGCUUUGGAGAAGUUUGCUGUUUAUUUUGAUGUUGAAAACAGAUUAAUUCCCGUGAAUCCAUCAUCUGGUCAUUUGAUCGACACCACAAAAAUUAAGGAAAACAUUGAUGAAAAUACCAUUGGUAUUUUUGUGAUUAUGGGAUCGACAUUUACUGGUGCUUUUGAACCGGUGGAGGAGAUUUCCAAGCUUUUGGAUGAAGUUGAAAAAGAAAAGGGGUUGGACAUUAGAAUCCAUGUUGAUGGUGCUAGUGGUGGAUUUGUGGCUCCUUUUGCUUUCCCCCAUUUGAAAUGGGAUUUUGCUAUUGAUCGUGUUGAUUCUAUCAAUACCUCGGGUCAUAAGUUUGGUAUGACUUCAGUUGGGUUAGGUUGGGUUAUUUGGAAAGAUGAAAGUUUAUUACCCAAGAAGUUACGUUUUAGUCUUGACUAUUUGGGUGGAGUUGAAGAGACUUUUGGCUUGAAUUUCUCAAGACCGGGAUUCCCUGUUAUUUUACAAUACUACAACUUUUUAACUUAUGGUAAAGAAGGAUACACUAAAAUUUUUGAUGCUUGUUUAUCCAACGCUCGUUUACUUUCCAAUUACUUGAUCAAGACUGGCUACUUUGAUGUGGUUUCAGUGAUUCACCAAUCAGCCAGUUCUCAAGACCAAAAGAGGUUGUACACGAGACAAGUUAAAAAUUUAACUGAACCUACAGUUAACGAAACUUUUGAGCCAGGUUUACCGGUUGUUGCAUUUAGAUUCUCGAAGGAGAUUAGAGACAAGUAUCCUGAAAUCCCUCAAGAGUUGUUUUCGACAUUGUUGCGUAAACGUGGAUUCAUUGUCCCCAAUUACCAUUUACCACCCGAUGAAACUGAUGUUGAGAUUUUGCGUGUUGUUGUUCGUAAUUCGCUUAGUUUGACCCUUUUGGAAAAAUUGAUUGAAGAUUGUACUGAAAUUGCUGUAUUGUUGGUUAAAUCGGCCGAAUCAGUUAGAGAAAUCUUGACCAACAAAGAAGAAGCUUCAAAGCAUAAUAAAUCAACUAUUCAUGAUUUGUUGUUGAGUAUUGCUUCUGGUGGUAUCCAGCCACUUAGACAAAAGCAGCAUGAAAAGGGUGGACAUGAAGCUGGUAUUGGCAAAAAAUCCUAUCGUGGAACUUGUUAG